AAAUGAACUCCUUAGAGCAGGCAGAAGAUCUUAAAGCAUUUGAGAGAAGACUUACUGAAUAUGUUUCAUGUUUACAGCCUGCUACAGGACGGUGGAGAAUGAUACUCAUAGUGGUCUCUGUUUGCACUGCCACGGGGGCAUGGAAUUGGCUAAUAGAUCCAGAGACCCAAAAGGUGUCUUUCUUCACAUCUUUGUGGAAUCAUCCAUUCUUUACCAUUAGCUGUAUAACACUGAUUGGUUUGUUCUUUGCUGGUAUACACAAGAGAGUGGUGGCACCAUCUAUAAUAGCAGCACGAUGUCGGACUGUCCUGGCUGAAUAUAACAUGUCGUGUGAUGAUACUGGAAAGCUAAUUUUAAAGCCAAGACCCCAUGUCCAAUGAUCAUGUUUUUCAUCCACCAUUGGAAAUAAAACUCAAAGACAGAAAUGACUUGUUAAAGAGUUUCAACAAACUAAGUGUGUAACAUCAGAUGAAUAUAAUUGACUUUAUACUUGACUUUGCAAGGAGUAGAUUAAUACACUUGAAUCAAUAGAUCUUAUCCUGUAUAAUACUGCACACAUGAUUGCUGCAUAAAGGGGACCUGCCACCCAGACAUAGAAAGCUGUAUGAUAAAAGUCCUUUUCAAAUUAAACAUGAAACCCAAAUUCCUUUUUUUUGUAUUAAUACAUCCAUACCCAUUAUAAAAGCAUUUAAAAACCACAGUUACAUUCACUUUCCAUUAACAUAUAUUAAUUACAGAUUUGCAGGGUUAAUAUUGUUUGAAAAUGUAAUUGCAAUUUAAAUCAGUAUUUGUUUUCCCUUUCCACUCUCUGGUUCUGAUUGUUGAAGCAAUAUAUUAAAAGUUAAUUCUCUUCCAGAUCUUUUAAUAAACUUCAUCUUUUAUAUUGUUGCAUUGGUCUGAAUCAGUAGUUAACGGAAUGUAAACAUUCUGAAAGAUACCGCUAUCUGCAAUUACAUUUACAAAUAACUUUAAAAUAAAUGAACAUGUUUAAUGUAUAUUGGAAAGUUGCUUUAUGGAAAAAAUUGUUAUUGGGAGGAGGAUUUUUCAUAAUACUUUAUUUCUGUGUCAAGUAUUUUCAUUGUUUAUACUUUUUUAAUUCCAGGGUCUUAAAUUGUCUGUGUAACCAUAGUUCAGGGACUGUAUACUUCAAAUAGCUGUCUGUUAAUGUAUAACCCAUAUGAUGCUGUCUGUUAAGGUAUUGAUCCUUAACAUCAUUAACAUGGUCCUAUUUUUAUUUGCGAAAUAAAUUAUCUGGGCUGAUUUAGGUUUUAGAAUUCUAACUGUAAAUUAUAUUUGUGAUAUAAUUAUGGUUUUAAGUUCCCAGAGUGGACAUUUACUUUAAAAUCUCAUAUUUUGUUUAGGUUUAUCUGUAGUAAUAAGUCAAAUCAACUGGACUUGCUGUGUUUUUCUUAAAGACGUUUCCAUUCAUCCAACUGGCUUUCUCAAUUCAGAAUGACUUAUUACUACAGAUAUAGCAUGACCUGGAUGAAUGAGAAUCUUCACAAACAUUUGUUUAGGUUUGAUGAUAAUUUUUGACAUAUCUUUGUUUCUGUAACUUCCUAAUAUCAAGGGGAAUAUAAAGAUUUGCUUUUAGUAUUUUUACUUAAAAUGAUAUAAUUUAGAUAUUUUCUUUAUUGAAGAUGUUUGUUCAGUUCCACUAUUUAAGGAAAAAGAAACGCUUUUGAACUAUAAUCUCUCUUAUGUGCUUUUGAGAACAUUAUAUUUAACAUUACACAAUACAUUGUCAUCCUAGGAUCCCCAUUACAUGGAUUUGAUUUGUGGAGGCUUUGAAUUUAUCAAUUUAUCAGCUUACUGGAUCAUGUAUGGGGCAAAACAGUGCCCUCCCUUAUUAAUAUCUAAAUUGGCAGACUAAGACUGCUUUAAGCUAUUUCUUUAUAAAAUAUUCAGAAAAAUACAUUGGAAAUGUUGAUAUAAGUUAAACAUGGUACUUUGUUACAGCACAGGGGGGAAGAUUUAUUAUGCGGUGUAAAAGAAACAUGACAAAAUUCGGUAUACAUCGCCAGGCUUUGUUUUUUCUAAGAGUAACUUCCACCAGUUAUAUUGUUGUCAAAUCUGGCGUUCAAAUGGUGUAAAAUGAAACUCACCUUAAUAAACACACCUUUUAUUUUA